ACAGAGGCGGUUAGCGAACUCAAGAAUGCUAUCAAGGAAAAAAAUACACAAGCUUUCGCUAACGUUGGGUAAAGACAUCAAACUAUGGGAAGGUCGACAUUUCCCUCGAAGAAGAAAAUGAAAAACUUGAUCUCGUUAAUACAAAAAUAAAUGUUAAUAUUAAGGAGGAGCUUGGUGGUAUGGAACUGCUUCCACUUUCGAAGAUUAGCAAACACUUUUCCUCCCAGCCAGUCGACGAACACAUACAUAUCAUCAUACAGCGUCCUGUUGAAACGAAGGAAGUUCACUGCACCGCAAUGUAUGGGCGUAAGUCAAAAAAGUUUCAGUGGACAGUAACCCGUAGACAAAUAACCUUAUUAGCUUUGAAGUCUCGGCUUCGCACAUGCUUCACAUUUCCGGAUGGGACAGAAGACAAACACAUCGUUAUAAAUCGUGAGUUUGGCAACGAUAAAGAAAUUAUUUGUUUGGCUGAUGAUGAGGAUUUGGCGAGUGUAAUCUGGACUCAGGGAUUUAAGGUGGAUCUCCCAAUCGUCGUGGACACAUCACAACAGCCAUUUUCGUCGUGGACAUUUUCCCAAAUCAAUACGUUAUUUGGAUUAACAGCCGAUAGUUAUAUUGAUCUCCCCAGGUUCGAAGGAGAGUUAGCUAAAACAACCAAUUACGAAAAGAUAUUGGAGCACAUUUUGGAUACAAUGCUAAUAUUUUGUGCAAUUGGAUAAAAGGAUAUUGCUACUAUGGUAUCAUUUGCAAAAUAUAGAAUAUAGGAUGUAAGUGACAAUAACAUUCUUAAAUGGAUUAUGGAUAUGUAGAAGAGCGGGAUACAAGUGUUAACAAGUAACUCCGCAGCAAUUUCAUACAUCAUACCUUUGAACGCGUAAAUGUACAAUUUAAGUUUGACAAAUUAAAUAAAUGUUUUGAUAUUAUUAUAUUUUUUACUACGAGUUGUGGAGCAAGAAAAUGUUAACAGCUUCAUAAAUAGAUUUAAUUGUAAUGGAAGCAUUUGAAAUUACUUGUUUUUUAUUGCUCUUAUUCAAUUUGGUAUAAUAAGUAAUGUUUUA